GUUACGAGCUGUCUUGAUGUCAAACCUUUAAUCUUACACUAAAAACAAUAACAAAUAAAUAAAAACCGUUGUUAUUGCUUACAUUGUCUGUAAAAAUAAUAAUUAAAGUGUAUGUUACAAACAUUAAGUGUAAUCUGAGUUGUAAGAAUGACUAUACAAGACUCUAAACCGGAGCCGGAGGAGACCAAUCGCAUGCUAGCGAGUGCUUCCUUUGUGGGACUGCUCAUCGUGAUCGGUCUGCCGCUCUGGUGGAAGACCACAGAAGUCUACAGAGUGUCGCUACCAUACGACAAGAUCAGCGCGUUCAACACACAGGCGCAUUUCAUCACCACUGAGUUAACUGUCCUAGCAACUGAUGAGAAGACCGCAGCUGAUGUCGCUGAGCUCAUUGAGAAAGCAUUCAAAGAUUGUGAUGUCCUAAAACUCAAGAUAACGAGAGGCGUGCUACCUGAGGGUCUGCGCAGGAGUUUGGAUUCUAUUGCGGAGGAACAGGAAGCGGUUGAAGAAGUGGGAGGUGCAUUUGACCUCACACAACACAACAAGCUGUACGUGGUGCAGAGGUCACCGUUGUUCCAGGAUGUCUGGCUCGGUACUGAGAGGGUGGUCUUCUUUAGGGAUGCCAAGGCGGCCGAUACCCUUGCGAAAGUCCUAAAGCAAUGGAUCUACGAGCCAUCAGUGCUUAGAGGUGCGAGGUCUGAGACAGCGGACUCAACGCGGCGGGUACGCUUCCCGCCGGGUCAAGGGUACCAUGUGGUGCUGUCCGUGGUGCACCCAAAGCCACAGGAUCUGAAGGUGGAAUUUAACGCGAGAGAUGCGGUUGAAGAAUACAUCGGUUCGUUCGUGGACGAGCUGGACGUGUUGCACAACUUCACGCUCAAGUCGCAGUGGCUCUAUCUCCUCAACUUUGACUUCCAAGCCACUGAGGUGAAGGACGACAGUGAGUGGACAAGGCACUGGGCGGUGCGCGAGGAGAGGCUGCACUUGUUGCUGACUGCGCUGGAGGGUCGCGCCGCCACACAUGUCUCUGACCUGCCCACACUCAACCUCGCCUUCUACAUACUGCCUUGUGCAUAUGCGCCUUUAGUCAUCUAUGACUCUGAUAAUAAAAAAGUAUCGGGUCCAGUGCAAGCGUUCAUGUCCCCGAAGUGGGGGGGCGUGGUGUUCAGUAACCCCGCCCCCUCCGACUGCGGCCACACCCCCACCUGGACUCCGCCAAUCACACUCAUCAUGGGCACCUUCAUAGCUCAGCUCCGGGAACUGCUCGGCAUCACUGACAAGGCAAGUAUAUCAGGUGCUCACCUGGAGCAGCUGAGGUCAGUGUCGCCGCGGCGCUGGGAAGUGGACAGUUUGCUGCGCCUGCGCACGCUGGAGCAGCUCUCCGCAGCGCACCAUGACCUGAGAUCUCUCGCGCAGCUGCUCGGUGAGAUAUCAAACAUAGUGAUAAACGACGAGGUGGGCGCGUCCAUUAACUCUGCGGUGACGUCAUCUGUGGGCGCGGGGGAGGCGGCGGCGAGGGGGGAGCUGCUGCGCGCCUACCGCACCUCCCUUGACGCCUUCCUCGCCGCUGAGAGCGCCUUCAUGGAGCCCAGCCUCCUCGCCCUGCUGUACUUCCCUGAUGAUCAGAAAUACGCGAUUUAUAUCCCUCUGUUCCUGCCCAUCAUGUUCCCUGUCGUGCUAUCAUUGAAGAACUUAAUACUCUGGCUGCGGAAGAAACCUCAACCUGAAGCUAAAGUAAAGACUGAUUGAAACAAAUUGAUUGUUAAAUUAUU